AUUUGCCUGGCUGCACUGUCUCCACUUAGUUCUGCACCAUGAAGAUCGUUACCUGGAAUAUAAAUGGCAUCAGGACUUUCAGAGGAGGCAUUAAAAAGGCUCUUGAUUCACUUGACGCAGAUAUUAUCUGUGUUCAAGAGACAAAAGUCACAAGAGACUUGCUCGAUGAAAGAACUGCCAUUGUUGACGGCUACAACUCCUAUUUCAGCUUCAGUCGAGGACGCAGCGGUUAUUCAGGUGUUGCUACCUACUGCAAAGACAGUGCCGCUCCAUUUGCUGCUGAGGAGGGUCUCACAGGGCUGCUGACUAACCAUGAAGGGGCUGUUGGAUGUUAUGGUGACCAGGCUGAGUUCUGUGGCGAGGAGCUGCAGCUUUUGGACAAUGAAGGACGGGCAGUUAUCACACAGCACAGGAUCAUGUGUCAGGACAAAGAACAAACUGUGACUAUAAUCAAUGUGUACUGUCCACGGGCUGACCCUGAGAAGCCGGAGCGAAAGCGGUUCAAACUGCAGUUCUACAAGUUGCUUCAGAGUCGGGCUGAAGCUAUACUGAAAGAUGGCAGCCACGUGAUUGUUUUAGGAGAUGUAAACACAUCUCACCGGCAAAUAGACCACUGUGACCCCAGUGAUAAUGAUGAUUUUGAUGAAAACCCUGGGAGGAAGUGGCUGAAUGGCUUUUUGUACAGUGGCAGACAAGAAGAGGACGAGAAUGAGGAGGAACAUGAAGGAGAAUCUGAGGUAACAUCAACAGAUCCCAACCACGGUGGAAAAUUCAUGGACACCUUUCGCUAUUUCCACCCAACUCGCACCAGCGCCUUCACAUGCUGGUCCACUCUCACUGGAGCGCGGCAGACCAACUAUGGCACGCGCAUCGACUACAUAUUCGCUGACUGCCAGCUCGCAAAGGAGCAGUUUGUUGCAGCAGACAUCAUGCCAGAGGUAGAGGGGUCAGACCACUGCCCCGUGUGGGGGGAACUGAGCUGCUCACUCCUGCCGAGCUCCAAGCCUCCUCCCCUCUGUACACGCUACCUGCCAGAGUUUGCUGGCAAACAGCAGAAACUCUCCCGCUUCUUUGUGAAGGUGGACCAAAAAUCAGCUCAGUCUGAGCAGAGCGAUGCAUUACCUGGAUCUCAGGAAGAGCAGGAGAGGAGGGAGAAUUUAAACCCAUCCGGAGCAGGAAACACCUCUGGCAAAAAACGGUUAUUAACAUCAGACUCUGUUGUCCCCAAGGGGAAAAAGACGAAGACAGUUAAGACAUCUUCAAAGCCACAGGGCAGCCUCCUUUCCUUUUUCAAACCUAAACCCACAAAUGUCAUUUCCUCUACUGAAGCCUCUGUCAGGCAGUGUGAAAACACACCCAGCAUGGACAAAGAUACCUCAUCACAGAACCCCAAAGAGGCAUCCUCAGUCACAGGCAGCGUCCCUGAAGACACUGACCUUGUGCCUGAUAAUUCAUCGCAGCUGUGCAGCAGUGGCAACACACAGGAAAAAGACAAACAGAUAGAGACAAAACAUUUAACCUCACAGCCAACAGUGGGAAACUCAAACACCAAGAAAGGGGCAUCAUCAGUGUUUUGGAAGUCAGUGCUUCAUGGACCACCCCCGCCACCCUCCUGUAAGGUCCACGGGGAACCCUGUGUGCUUCGUACUGUGAAAAAAGAGGGGCCGAACAUGGGCAAACAGUUCUUUGUGUGUGCCCGUCCUCAGGGACAUGCCUCCAACCCUGACGCUCGCUGUAACUUCUUUUUAUGGGUUGAGAAGGGGAAGUGACAUGUUUACUGUUCCAACCACUGUUUUUUUCCCUUUAGCUCACACAAGCACUGUAAGGCUGCUACAGACCUCUCAUCAUUUCACAGAUUUUAAAUGUUGACUGUAUUUUUUUCUUUGUUAAAUAAUAAAAGACGGUAGUUUUCUAUUA